AUGGCGCGCGAAGAGGAGUACAGGACACCAAACAACAAUUUGUUGUAUGAACUCAGGAAGAAUCGUUUAGGAAUCGUGCAAGGGGAUAAUUCCUUGGUCAAAGAUCAUAGUAUGGUGAAGAGAGUUUGGGAAGAGUUUUCUCACUAUAGGUCUAUUUCAGAGGGUUGUUCUCCGGCUGCUGUUAAGGUUUUAAAGGCUAGGGAUGAGGAAGACAAGUUAAUUGACUUCCUUAUGGGUUUUAAUAGCAGUUAUGAGUCAAUGAAGGAUCGGAUCUUGCUGCUUGAGCCAUCUCCAACAGGUGGUUUAGGAAGUCAGGUUGAGAAUUUAGCCAUGUAUAGCAAAAACCAAAAUAUUCCAGGGAAAAGGAAUGGACAAGAAAAGGAUACACCCUUGGAGAUGGUUGACAAUGUGAGCAAUAACUGGAAUCCUGUGCCUGCUUCUCAGCCUGGUGGUCUUAACUGGAAUGCAAUGGCUCAGCAGCUGAACUUCUUGCAGCAGGAAUUCAACAAGUACAGCAAAGGGAAGCAACCACUUAAUCAAGAGUACAACCAGGUCAAUUUUGCCCAUAUCACUGAUUUUGCAGGUAGCAUUACUUAUUCAACUCUCGAUCAAUGUGUUGAACUCAAUGAUGAUUAUAGUUUCUUUGAUAGUGGAGCCACAGGGUAUUCAUUUGAUGCUGGGUAUAAUUCUUGUUUUGAGAGCACGUAUAUGAGUCCUAAGAUGUUGUCAUGUUUGGAGAGAAUUGAUAAAUUGCUGGAUGACAUCGAGAAGAAAAAUGCUUCAUAUUUCUCUCAAGAGGAUUGUUACCACUCAAAUGUAUCAGUAUAUCAACCACCACCUCCUCAACCCACUCUAAGAGAGUCAGCAGCUCGUCAACUUACUCUGAGAGAGCUAGCAGCUCGUCAACCUACUUUGAGAGAGCUAGCAGCCUUACAGUCAUCACCUUGUCAACCCACUUUGAGACAGUUAGCAUCUUCGUAUCAACAGCCACCUGCUCAACCUCAACUUAGUGUUAGAGAGGCAGCUCUUCGAGAUUGGCAAAGUGAAAAAGGUCAACAACUUAUCAAAGAAGUCAAUCAAUAUAGGUUGAGUGUGGGGUUGCCGGAAUAUGAUCCUAUAGGAAAUUUGCGUAAAUUGAAUAAGAAUGAGAAGAUUUCUGAAGAUGAUUCAUUGGUCCAGUCUCCCCAUCCACCCUCUCAAACUGAGCCUGAAUGUGAAGAAUUAGAAGAGACCGAAGAGAUUAACAGUCUAGAUAGUACAAGUUCUCCUGAUUCUUCUAGUAUAUACAUAGUAGUUAAGCAUGAUUCGCUCAUUCUGAGAGUUGGUGACAAGGAUGUAGAUCAAGUUGAUUUUGAUGAGAGUAACAUUCCUAUAGUUUCAAAAGAAGGGUUUCAAGUAGACAAAUGUGACGAGGUUGUCCAUAGUAUAAGAGAUAGUGAGGAUGAUAUGAAAAAUAGUUCAAUGAAAGACCAAGAAGAGGAUCAAUGGUACAAGAUUGAAUUUGAGAAAGAGGAUGUUGUAGUGUUGGAGUAUAAGUUUAUAUUUUCUCAUGGAAAGGAGAACAACUUCAAGAGAUUCAUUGUUGCUGCUGAAUAUGGUUUCUUCUGGUAUCGAGAUGGGUUUGUUGGAAGGGCGAAACUCUUGUGUCCAGUGGUGCUGAAAAUGAAACAUCCAAAAUUCUGA